AGUGCAGCUAGCAAGGUUGGCGCACCAAGCGGGGACGGCGCACCAGGCGGGGACGGCUCACCAGGCGGGGACGGCACACCAGGCGGGGACGGCACACCAGGCGGGGACGGCACACCAGGCGGGGAUGGCACACCAGGCGGGGACGGCACACCAGGCGGGGACGGCACACCAGGCGGGGACGGCACACCAGGCGGGGACGGCACACCAGGCGGGGACGGCACACCAGGCGGGGACGGCACACCAGGCGGGGACGGCACACCAGGCGGGGACGGCACACCAGGCGGGGACGGCACACCAGGCGGGGACGGCACACCAGGCGGGGACGGCACACCAGGCGGGGACGGCACACCAGGCGGGGACGGCACACCAGGCGGGGACGGCACACCAGGCGGGGACGGCACACCAGGCGGGGACGGCACACCAGGCGGGGACGGCACACCAGGCGGGGACGGCACAACAGGCGGGGACGGCACACCAGGCGGGGACGGCACACCAGGCGGGGAAGGCACACCAGGCGGGGACGUCACACCAGGCGGGGACGUCACACCACGCGGGGACGUCACACCAAGCGGGGACGGCACACCAAGCGGGGACGGCACACCAAGCGGGGACGGCACACCAAGCGGGGACGGCACACCAUGCGGGGACGGCACACCAUGCGGGGACGGCACACCAGGCGGUGACGGCACACCAGGCGGUGACGGCACACCAGGCGGGGACGGCACACCAGGCGGGGACGGCACACCAGGCGGGGACGGCACACCAGGCGGGGACGGCACACCAGGCGGGGACGGCACACCAGGCGGGGACGGCACACCAGGCGGGGACGGCACACCAGGCGGGCACGGCACACCAGGCGGGGACGGCACACCAGGCGGGGACGGCACACCAGGCGGGGACGGCACACCAGGCGGGGACGGCACACCAGGCGGGGACGGCACACCAGGCGGGGACGGCACACCAGGCGGGGACGGCACACCAGGCGGGGACGGCACACCAGGCGGGGACGGCACACCAGGCGGGGACGGCACACCAGGCGGGGACGGCACACCAGGCGGGGACGGCACACCAGGCGGGGACGGCACACCAGGCGGGGACGGCACACCAGGCGGGGAAGGCACACCAGGCGGGGACGUCACACCAGGCGGGGACGUCACACCAAGCGGGGACGUCACACCAAGCGGGGACGGCACACCAAGCGGGGACGGCACACCAAGCGGGGACGGCACACCAAGCGGGGACGGCACACCAUGCGGGGACGGCACACCAUGCGGGGACGGCACACCAGGCGGUGACGGCACACCAGGCGGUGACGGCACACCAGGCGGGGAUGGCACACCAGGCGGGGACGGCACACCAGGCGGGGUCGGCACACCAG